GGCCUGUCUGUCUCGCGCGGCGAGCUUGGCGCUCUUGGCGCACUUGGCGCACUUCUGGAAAUUAAAGAAACGCCAGCGACAACUGGAGUGGCACGCUCUCGACCCUUGACCGCUUGAGGUCGUCCACUUUUUGUAGAAAUAGCAUUAAUCACGCGGCUUGGGGACAGUCCGGGAUUUUGUGGAGCCAAUAAGACACUGUGGGUGACGCAAUUCCUGAGCGCGCCAAUCCCUGGCUGGUUGGAGGGCGGGCUCUUCGAAUUUGAAUUCAUAAACUGUUGUCGGUGUCAGGGAGCCCCACGGGUAGUGAUCGUAGCGUGGGAUCGGGCCGCGGAGGUCUAAGGCCAAUGCAGGCCUGAGGCGUGAGCCCUGAGGCACCCGGCCCCCCUCCGCGAGGGAGUGAAGCCGAGACUCCCGACAUCCUGCCCUGCUAGGUCCUUUCCCAAGGUUCCUCCGCAUCCCUGCUGAAGUUCUACCCUGAAAAUUGUGCCUAAGUGAUUUUUCUGUUAGAGGAACUUUGUUGCUACAGUUUUAUCAAGAUGAUUACAACACCCUUGAAACAUCCAGGAGCUCACUUGACUUCAGAGACAUCUUUGCAAAGAAGAAAUAUGCCCAUGCAUGCAAUCUUUUUUGACAGCAUUCCUUCAGGCACACUUACUCCUGUAAAAGAUUUGGCAAAAUAUCAGAACUCCUUUUUAAAAUUACAUGACCAUAAAAGGAAUCAGUUCCUAGAAAUGACAGCUUUUAAGAAUAAAAAUAUAUUUCAAUCUACCAUGCUAGCAGAGGCCACCACAUCUAACAGUUCUCUUGAUAUUAGUGUUAUUAAGCCGAGCAAGGAUGGGUUCAAAGAAAAAGCAACCUAUGAAUCGCCAGUAAAAAUAUUUCAAAGAAUGAAAGAAAAAGUACUGCGUGACAAACAAGAACAAGCAGCAAGAAACAGUAGUUUGUUGGAACCACCGAAAAGUGAAAGUAAUAAAAUCUUAACUCCUAAUGGAGCUGAGAAAAGACUAUUGCAACAUACCUACCUCUGUGAAGAAAAGGAAAACAAAUCAUUCCAAUCAGAUAAUUCACUAAGAGUGACUAACAGAAUUCAGCUUCCUGUCUCUUUAAAAAAAUUCUUAACUUCAGUCCAAGAAGUUCCUCUAGAAUCAUCAAAUAAUAUUUCCCUUCCAAUGAAACAAAAGAUUGGAUGUCAGCAAGAAAAGAAAUCACCCCUCUAUAAUUUAACCUAUGAGUGUCCAACUCUGAAUCAAGAACAUGAAAAUGUUUCAUCUGUAGAAGUCUCUAAUAAGACAUUAGUUAGUGUUCAGUUGGCUAAACAAAUUCUUCACUCAAAGACAGAUACAAUUGCAACCACUAAAUCCAAUAAGGAAACAUUUGUUUUAGAAGGUGUUGAUUCUGUCUAUGAAAAAUCUCAAAAUACUACUGUUAAGGCUGUAAGUAUUAACUGUGUUCCUGCUAAUGUUAGCAGUAAAUUAAUGGUUUCUGAUAGUGAGGUGACACCAGACAGGACUUUAAAACAGAACAUUAAGGAAGAAAAUGAAAAAACAAUACCCAGAGAGACUAGUCUUCCAGGAUCCAUGAAUAAUACAUGUAAAAUUGUGCUCGCUACUCCAAGACUUCAUUUAACAAUACCUCGGCGAUCCAAAAGAAAUGUUUCAAAGCUUUCUCCUCCGGUUAUCCCUCAAACUAUUACAAAUGGAGUAAAAAAGUACAAGGUAGUCCAACUACAAGAAUGGAUGAUUAAAGUCAUCAAUGAUAACACUGCUAUAUGUGUAGAAGGAAAAUUGAUAGAUAUUACUAACAUAUAUUGGCACAGUAAUGUAAUUGUAGAACGCAUGAAGCACAACAGACUUAGGACCUUAUCGGGCAACAUCUAUGUAUUAAAAGGAAUGAUAGAUCGUGUUUCCAUGAAAGAAGCAGGAUAUCCAUAUUAUCUCAUAAGGAAGUUUAUGUUUGGAUUUCCAGAAAAUUGGAAAGAGCACAUUGAUAAUUUUCUAGAACAAUUAAGGGCUGAUGAAAAGAAAAGAGGAAAGGCCAGACAAAAACAGAAAACUAGAAGAUUUGUCCCUGACAUAAGCAAAUCAGUGAAAAAUGAUGCAGAAGAAAACUGGACAGAUGUCCUUCAGAGAGCAAGCACUACUUACGAUCUUGAUCAUUAUAACUUGGAACUGAAGAAUGGUAAGUGUAGUAAGUUGCCAGGAGCUACAGGAUUAAAUGUGUGCCAUAAUAAUCACCAAAAUAAACCACUGUUAAGGCUCCCAGAUGACCAGAAAAACAAUUCUAUUCAAAAUGGAGGAGGACCUGCCUUAUCUAACCGGGAGUUAAUUGGAGAAAACAAAUGUAAAAAGUUGUCUUCGAAAAAACUUGGGAAUUGUGAAAGAAGAACAAAUAAAAGGAAAAUUAAAAGUCAGACACAAGAAACAACUGAAGAACUGAAUGUAUCCAUUGAUAUACUGACUUCAAGGGAACAGUUUUUCUCAGAUGAAGAAAGAAAAUGCCUGGCUAUCAGUCAGAAGGAAGCUUAUAUUUUAGUAACACCACUAAAAUCUAAAAAAGUGAUAGAGCAAAAAUGCAUGAAAUAUAAUCUCUCCUCUGGUACCAUUAAAGCAGUAACAGAUUUUGCAGUGUCAGAGCAUCAAAAAGAAAGAGAAUUGGACUUAAAUGAAACCACAAGUCCCAUCAGUAAGCCCACAGCAACUUUAGAAAAUGCAUUUGAGUAUAGUGUCAGCAGGGAGGAUUGCAGUGAACGUGAUUUACUCACUGUCAACCGGAAAAUAAUAAUACCUACUCCUAAAAAGGAACAGAGUGCUUCUUCUAGCUUUAAGAAAAAUACAAGACUGUUACCAGAAUUUAACAAAACCAGAAUUCGAAUGGAUAGGUCAUUAUAUAAGCAUCAGUCCUCAUCAGAUUUGUCUAGUGAAGAGAGCGAAACAGAAAAGAAAAUUAGAAGGAAAGAUGGGGUUGUUAGGAAAACCAGAGCAAGAAAUACCAAGGAAACAUUGAUUCAUCUGAGGAAAAACACAAAAAACAGCACAAAGAAUAUCGCUGUGAUUUCUGAUUCUGAAACUGAAGAAAGUGAAAAUGAAUUUCAUAUCAAACAAAAGAAAUCUAGAUCUUCUGCUAAAGAAACUGUUCAGAAAUCUAGUAUUAGGAAUGAGUUUCCAAAUAUUGAGACAGUGGGAUCUGAGAAGAUGAACAGGAAUCCUUCAGAAUAUUUACCUGGAUUAAUUCAGGAUGAGGAUUGGAAUGAGAAGGAAUUACAGAAACUUCAUUGUGCCUUUGCAUCUCUUCCAAAGCACAAACCUGGUUUCUGGUCAGAUGUAGCUAUGGCUAUAGGUUCUCGAUCUGCUGAGGAAUGCCAGAGGAAAUAUAUGGAAGAUCCUCGAGGAAAAGGAUCCCAGAAACAUGUCACUAAGAAAAGGCCAGUCAAACCCAAAGGCCAAAAUGGCAAAACAGGUGAUGCUGAUAAGAAGCAAACUACUAAGAUAACCGCAAAAGUGGGAACUCUUAAAAGGAAGCAACAGAUGAGGGAUUUUCUGGAACAGUUGCCAAAGGAUGACCAUGAUGAUUUUUUCAGUACAACACCCUUGCAGAAUCGAAGAGUACUGUUGCCAAGUUUCCAGGACAGUCAAGAAGAAGAUGAUAUUCUGCCAAAUAUGGACAGAAAUCCAACAACUCCAUCAUCUGUUAUCUUUCCAUUGGCAAAAACUCCUCAGUGUCAGCAUGUCAGUCCCGGCAUGCUAGCCUCUAUAAAUAGGGAUGAAUGUGAUAAAUAUGUUUUUCGUAUGCAAAAAAAUCAUAAAAGUAAUGGCGGUACUGUCUGGGGCAACGUCAAGAAAAAAACAGUUGAAACGGAUUUUUCAACUCCACCAUCAAGAAGAAAAAUUCCACUUAGAAAAGAUUUAGGAGACAGUUCUGGUAUUGGAAAACUUUUCACUAAUGCUGUGGAAUCUUUAGAUGAAGAGGAGAACGAUUAUUAUUUUUCAAAUUCUGAUUCUGCAUAGUAAAAAUGAGAAAAUAUUAUUUCCAGGAUUUUUAUCAUAAAGCAAAUAACAUUUGUAAUUUCAUUUGGAGUGCAGGUAUUUUAUUCGUAGUGUAGCUUCAUAAGAAAAUGUGGACCUUUUAAGCGUUUGUAGUCAACAUAAAAUUUCCUUCUCUGGUACAAUGCUCAUUGCUACAGUUCACUAAAAAUGUAAGGAAAAUGUUUGCCUGUGUAGAUAUUUGUAAAUUGCUGUUUUUGUGAUUAUAUAUUGAAUAUAUAUGGGGGGGGGAAGUCCCAUAUAAACACUAGGCCUGUUUACUCUAAGACUAUUAUGUUCUAGAUUCAAAAAAAAAGCUUUUCUACUCUUAAGUAAGGACAAAUGAGAGUUUUUACCGGUAACUACUGAAUUCAUGAAAAUUUUUAAGUUAGCAUUUAUCAUGAUUUGAAAUACAAGUCCAGUGUUGAUAAAAUGUUUAAUUUACACAUUGUUCAAACUAUUUGACAUCCUUUUCUCCCUUUUAUUAAACUUCACUUUACAGAUUUAGGAGACAACUCCGAUAUUGGAAAAGUUGUGAUUGGCAUCUCUAUAAAUCCUGUAUAAACUUACUACUUUUUCAGUACUUUUUUAGGUAGAACCAGAGAACAGAUUUUGUUGGAUUCUUAAGGCUUAUGUACGUACACAGACAUAGCUUAACAAGUUAUAUCAUAGUAAACAUUCUUUCCUUUCACUGGCAGCUACUUCAGAAAUAAAUUUCUUUUAGCUUAUUCUCCAAUUAUGUUUUAAAAUUUGACAUAGAAUAUUUUUCCUCUGGUUACAGUACACAUUCACCUAUCCCUU